UGGGCUCACUUAAUCCGUCUUCCCUGUUCGCCACACUGCCCUCAGCCUGGAGACAGAGGUCAAGACCUUGUGACAGGGCCCUGCUCCUUCGGUGUCUGUCCUGACAGUUGCCAGUGCAGGCAGCUCAGGUAGGAGCUGCAGCAACCAAGUCCCUGGGCUCUGAGGAGAGGCACUCACUUCCCUGAGCUGAGUCAAGGAUUCAACCAGUGGCAACGCUUCCAGAAUCUUCUGAAUCAAACCCUUUAAGUCCAUUGCAAAUCCACCCAGAAAAAAAAUACAAGUAUGAGUUCUUCCCGGAAAGCCCAUCAGAAAGAGCUGACUUCUGCAUCCAGUCACCUGGAGCCACAGAAAUAUUCUGAUGCUUCUAAUGACAGCCAGGCAAUGGACUCUGUGAACAACCUCUGCACGCAGUAUGAGGAGAAGGUGCGGCCCUGCAUUGACCUCAUCGACUCCCUGCGGGCCCUGGGCGUGGAGCAGGACCUGGCCCUGCCUGCCAUAGCAGUCAUUGGGGACCAGAGCUCAGGGAAGAGCUCUGUGCUGGAAGCACUGUCAGGAGUGGCCCUCCCCAGAGGCAGCGGUAUCGUCACCAGGUGCCCUCUGGUGCUGAAACUGAGGAAGUUGGAACCAGGAGAGGAGUGGAGAGGCAAGGUCAUCUAUGACGACAUCGAAGUGGAGCUCUCUGAUCCCUCCCAGGUGGAAGAGGCCAUCAACAAAGGCCAGAACUUUAUUGCUGGGGUAGGGCUGGGAAUCAGUGAUAAACUCAUUAGCCUGGAUGUCAGCUCCCCAAAUGUCCCAGACCUGACCUUGAUUGACCUGCCUGGGAUCACCAGGGUGGCUGUGGGCAACCAGCCUGCAGACAUCGGACUGCAGAUCAAGAAACUCAUCAAGACAUAUAUCGAGAAACAGGAGACCAUCAGCCUGGUGGUUGUCCCCAGUAAUGUGGACAUCGCCACCACAGAGGCACUGAGCAUGGCUAAGGAGGUGGACCCUGAAGGGGACAGGACCAUAGGGAUCUUGACCAAGCCUGAUCUGGUGGACAAAGGGGCUGAAGACAAGGUCGUUGAUGUGGUGAGGAAUCUCGUGUUCCACCUGAAGAAGGGCUACAUGAUAGUCAAGUGCAGGGGUCAGCAGGACAUCCAGACGCGGAUGACCCUGGCUGAGGCCCUAAAGAUGGAGCAAGACUUCUUCAAGGAGCACCCACACUUCAGUGUUCUUCUGGAGGAUGGGAGGGCCACAGUGCCCCGUCUGGCAGAGAGACUGACCACGGAGCUCAUCGCACACAUCUGUAAAUCGCUGCCACUGCUGGAAAAUCAAAUAAAGGAGAGUUAUCAGGUUGCAGUCGAGGAGCUGCAGAAGUACGGUGCAGAUAUACCAGAAGACGACAACGAGAGAACCUUCUUUCUAAUUGAUAAAAUUAAUGCCUUCAAUAAGGAUAUCACUGAUUUGGUACAAGCACAGGAAACCAUAUCAGAGGGAGAGAGUCGGCUGUUUACCAACCUGAGAAAUGAAUUUCUUAAAUGGAAUUAUUAUAUUGAAAGACAUUUUGAAAACAGUUCUGCUGAGAUAUGCAGCCAGAUCAAAGUAUUUGAAAAUCAGUAUCGUGGCCGGGAGCUGCCAGGGUUUGUGAACUAUAUGACGUUUGAGAACAUCAUCAAAAAGCAAAUAAAAGUCCUAGAGGAGCCAGCUGUGGACAUGCUGCAAAAGGUCACUGACAUGGUUCGAAAGGCCUUCAUAAGUGUAUCAUCAAACAAUUUUGGUGACUUUUUUAACCUCUUCAGUGCUGCCAAGUCCAAAAUUGAAGAUAUCAGAUUAAAGCAAGAGAAACAAGCUGAAGCGCUGAUCCGACUUCACUUCCAGAUGGAGCAGAUUGUCUACUGCCAGGACCAAGUUUACAAGGGAGCCUUGGAGGAGGUCAGAGAGAAUGAAGCCAAGAAACAGAAUAAUAAAGUGUUAAACCCAGUUACCUUUCAACAUAAUUCUCAACCUCCUCAAAAGGACUUGUCUGUCACUGAAAUGACCCAGCACCUGAAUGCCUACUACCAGGAGUGCGGAAGGAGCAUUGGGAGACAGAUCCCCAUGAUCAUCCAGUACUUCACCCUACAAACAUUUGGGAAAGAGAUGGAGAAAGCCAUGCUUCAGCUCUUACAGGACAAGGCUAACUGCAACAGGCUCCUGGCUGAGCGGAAGGCUACCACAGAGAAGAGGAAGUUCCUGAAGAGGCGGCUCUCAAGGCUGGACCAGGCUCGGCACAAGCUUGUCAAAUUCUCCUAUCAGUGAGGCUUUGCCGUCUGCCCUGUAUGUCUGCGGCGUGGCGUGGAGCAAGCAAGGGUUUCUUUGAGGGAGAAAUACCUCAGCCCUGCAUUCCAUCGAUGUUGUAUAGUCUGAACCUUCUACUUGUUACCAUUUGGAGUUAGCCAAAAAAGAAAAAGAAAAAAACCUAACAACGACAACAAAACUCCAACAAAUAAACAAGCAAAAAACCAAAAACCCUUAGAUUUUCCAUUUCUGUCACACAAAGGAAGCUGCAAGGGGUUAAGACAAGAGACCUAGUAAUGUGACAA